GCCAGUUCCCGUUCUGAGCUGUUCUAAUCGCAGAUAACUGUCAGUUAUAGAAGCGACCAGAUGUCGACAACAAAGAGUCAACGUGAUGAUGUUGGCAGAGGUUCGGUUGGAGGGUUUGUCAACACUCUUUAUAGGUGUGAGGAGUGCAGCAAGCAGUUCAGUACACCGAGUAAACUGAAGAUUCACAUGCGGACCCACACAGGGGAGAAACCCUACAGGUGUGAGGAGUGCAGCAGGCAGUUCAGUCAGCUGGGUAAUCUGAAGGCUCAUGUGCGGACUCACACAGGUGAGAAACCCCACAGGUGUGAGGAGUGCAGCAAGCAGUUCAGUCACCUGAGUGAUCUGAAGAAACACAUGCGGACUCACACAGGGGAGAAACCCUACAAGUGUGAGGAGUGCAGCAAGCAGUUCAGUCACCUGAGUGAUCUGAAGAAACACAUGCGGACUCACACAGGGGAGAAACCCUACAAGUGUGAGGAGUGCAGCAAGCAGUUCAGGGAGCUGGUUUAUCUGAAGAAACACAUGAGAACUCACACAGGGGAGAAACCCUACAAGUGUGAGGAGUGCAACAGACAGUUUAGUCAACUUAGUGCUCUGAUCACUCACAUGCGAACUCAUACAGGGGAGAAACCCCACAGUUGUGAGGAGUGCAGCAGGCAGUUCAGCACAACGAGUCGUCUCAAGAUUCACUUGCGGACUCACACAGGCGAGAAGCCCUACAAGUGUGAGGACUGCAGCAGGCAGUUCAGUCAGUUGAGUCAUUUGAAGCGACACAUGCGGACUCACACAGGGGACAAGCCAUACAGUUGUGAGGAGUGCUGCAAGCAAUUCGGCACAACGCGUAAUCUGAAGAUUCACUUCAGAACUCACACAGGCGAGAAACCUUACACGUGUGAGGAGUGCAGCAGGCAGUUCACUACACAGGGUCAUCUAAAAAAUCACAUGCGGACUCACACAGGCGAGAAACCUUACACGUGGGAGAAGCCCUACAAGUGCGAGGAAUGCAGCAGACAGUUUUCUGAGCUGGGUAGUCUGAAGAAACACAUGCGUAUUCACACAAGGGAUAGCCCUACAAUUCUAUACACUGCGGGACGGUUGUCUGCAAAGUCCGGAUCAAAAUGUACGCGCAAGCAGUGCCGGUUCGGACACCUUUCUCGCGGCCUCAAAACGGCCAAGUCCCCGGACCGCCGGCCCAACCCCCUACUGUCCAUCAGGGUGGUUCCCGCGGGCGUGUCCGCCAUGGCAACGGGGCUGACAAGUCGCAAGAAGAACAAGAAGCGCCUUCGCACACUUACGCAGAAGCAGAGGCUGCGAAACAGACCGCUUUGA